AUGUCCUCGGGGCGUGGUCGCGGUUACACUGGGCGUCACCACUUGCCGCCGCGCGAGGCCCGUCCAGGAGACGACGUGGACGAGAUGAACGCGGCCAGGACUCUUGCCGAACUAAGCCCUAGGGCUACUGAACCGAGAAUAGAGAGUGAAGAAGAUGAACCUUUCAAAGAAGAUAAAAGAGAUGAAGACUCUCUAGCAGAGCUACUGUAUGUGGACGAGCAGUUCGCGCCAUUAUUGGUUUUGUUGGAACAGUUCAGUCCUGGUGAAGAUGGUAUACAGUUUAAUAGGAAACUAAGGCAUUUUGAAACUACAGUAACUAAUAUGUGUCCCGAUGAAGCAAGAUUGCAACAAGCGUUUUCAACAUUCCGUGCGGCGGCGCUGCAGAGCUCGGUGACGUCACGCAAGCUGUCCGCUGUUGGAGCUUCCUUCACGCGCCAGCAAAGGCAGCAGUUGUUGAGAGCUGCUCUUCUCAAUGUGGUCAUGCAGGGAACCUUCACCAAAUUGGACAUCUUGGAGCGGUCUAAUCCUAUAUAUUUGAUAAAUGCAGCUAAUUUAAUGGGCGAUUAUUUUGCGGAGGCGCGUCUCUGCAACGGCAACAAAGUGCACAUUCUAGCGAACCCCUUACUGCAGUAUAUGAGGGCUCUACUGACGAGUGACGACCUGAGAGCGCACCGUAGUCUUGCCACACAGCUUAUGCAAAAUGGCCGUGAACUCCUCUCAGUGCUUGCUCAAGAGUUGGAUGAUCUGUCAAUAUCUAUCAGACUGCGUCUCCUAACACCACCCCCUGUUAGCAUCAUAUGGUUAUUACUUUCUGCAGAUUUGUGCUUAAACAAAUUUUUGCCUUUACCGAACACCCUACAACAGUUCUACGCUGCCCAUCUAGACCUGACAACGGAUGAGAAUUUCAGCGAAGUCACAUAUGGGUCGUGGAAGAAGAAGGAUGACUUCAAAGAAGACUCGGAGAAAGUUAGCCAAAAUUUAUCCCAGAUUAGUCUAAAUCAGGAUGAUGAUGCUAAACCUAAGCUUAGACCCAUUUUAGGGGCUGGUGCCGGGUUGUUGAGACAGGAGCAAGGUCUUUUGUGUCAAAUGUCGCAAGAGACCUUCGAUACUUGGACAACUAAGAGUAAUUUAACCAAGAGAUAUGAUCUGAACUCUUGGAGGCAGCCGGAAGAGAAGAAGGAGGAGGCAGAACCAGUCUUCAAUCCAACAGUCUUGCCACCCAACAUCCAGAACUUUCCACCACCAAAUUAUAAUUAUCAAGAACCAUAUGUGAACUAUUUACAGCAAGGCGACGGUGCAUAUAUACAAAGUUUCCAAACACCAAACUAUAGUGUACCUGAAUUCAUACCACAGUACACAGAAAGACCCAAUGUUCCAGAACGAGUCAACAAUGAAGUGCAAAAGACAUCUAGCACUCGCAAACCAGUUGAAAAUUGGCGGAAAGAAAAGAGUGAUCUCAAAGAAGAUGCGAAUAAAAAUAAGAAGAAUUGGACCCGACAGCGUUCUAGGGAUAACGUUAAUGAAGAGGAUAAAGAGAGGGAUGUGCGGUCAGUAUCCCGGAGUUCCCGGGAGUCCCGGCAGUCGAAUCCUGGUAGGGCGAAUAGACGGAACAGUGGUGAAGAGUCGAAGACACCUCCAAGAAGACAUGUGUCUGAUGUACCAAGAAACCAAAAGUAUUGGGAUCAUGACGAUAGAUGUGACAAAGACUAUAACAGU